AUAGAAUUUUUAAAUUUGGAUUCAAUUGUGCAAGAUACGAAAAAAUCUAAAUAGACAAAAACUAUGCAUUCAAAAAAGAUCUACGAACUUGUUAGGAAUCACUUUCUGAUAAAAGCUGGAAAAAUCUGGGAUCUAGCUUAGCCUGCACGUGGCCCACACACAAGCUCGCAUAAACGAGCGACACGUGGUUGCGCGUGCACUUGUGGUUCAAGGUUACCUGAUAGUGACUAUAAAAAUGGUAACAAACCUAAAUUGUUUGUCCUCCAAAUCUGCGCGUGUUUACGCACUCUCGGCUUAUGGCUAAAAACUGCUGAGAGAUUUUUGAAGAGUCCAAAUUCCAUAUCCUUAUCAGCAGGUAUGCCAAAUGCAAACACUUUUCCUUUUGAGGAGAUUGAUGUAAAAUACAAGGGUGGAACCUUGGUCCAAUUAAGAGGUUCAGAUUUAGAUGCAGCACUGCAAUACUGUGGCUCCCCUGGAUUUAUCCCAUUGAUGGCAAAAUGGAAGGAAUUUCAAGAAAAGUGGCACGCGCCCAAAUUUCCAAAUUGGGAUGUGCACUUUGUAACUGGUUCGCAGGAAGGAUGUUUCAAUAUUUUCGAAUUGCUGAUCAAUUCUGGAGAUGCGGUUAUGGUUCAAACACCAACAUUUACAGGAACACUGAGAGCAAUGCUUCCCCUACAGCCAGAUUUUCUUGAAAUAAUUCAAGAUUCAGAUGGAGUAAUCCCCGAGGAAAUUGAUAAAGUUUGCAAAAAAAUGCUGGAAGAUAAUCAGCCAAUGCCAAAGUUUCUUUACGUGAACCCAACUGGUGCAAAUCCGACCGGAACAGUCUUGCCUGAAGAAAGAAAAAAACAUAUUUAUAAAUUGGCUCAAAAAUAUAAUUUUCUUAUCUUAGAAGAUGACGCGUAUUAUUUUCUACAUUUUAUGAAAAAUCAGCCUGUCUCAUUUUUAUCAUUGGAUACAGAUGGUCGUGUAAUUAGAUUUGAUUCAUUCAGCAAAAUCUUUAGCGCUGGACUCAGAUUAGGCGUUGUGACUGCCCAUAAGGAUAUCCUUGAAAAGUUAUCUUAUCAUGUACAGUGUUCUACAAUACAUGCUUCUACUUUAUCUCAGGUUUUAAUUUACAACAUUAUAGUAUUAUGGAAUGAGGAAAAGUUGAAAGAGCAUUUUAAGAGCAUUCAAGAUUUCUAUCGAAGGAGACGCGAUAUUAUGACUAACCUCCUUGAGAAAUAUCUUGAUGGCCUCGCUGAAUGGUCAGUACCAAAAGCCGGUUUUUUUGUGUGGCUGAAAAUCAAGGAUGUGGAUGACAUUUACGAUUUAGUAAUGCAGAAAUGUAUAGAUCAAAAUAUUUUUUUCCUUCCUGGUCAUGCAUUUUAUAAAAAUUCUAAUAAACAAUGUCAAUAUAUUCGAGUAUCCUACAGUUAUGCUUCAGAAGAAGAUAUCGAAAAGGCACUGAAGAUCUUGGGAAAUGUUGUGAAAAACGAAAUCCAAAAGAAGAAAAAAAUUGAUGCGCUUUAACGAAUUUGAAUUUUUCCUUGUAUUUCAUGUUUUUUUAGCUUUUUCGUAAUUUUGUUAAAAU